AUGCCCGAUUCCAAUCUCAAUGCAGCGACUGCUCUCGCUACAUCCCUCUUACCUUUCGUGCUGGGAGCCAUUGGCCCCAGUACCAACCUUGUCGUCGCGAACAAGGUCAUCGCUCCCGACGGCUUCAGUCGAUCUGCUGUCCUCGCUGGCGCUACCCAGCCAACGGUGCAGUUCCCUGGCCCCGUCAUUCAAGGGAAUAAGAACAGUUUCUUUGCGAUCAACGUCAUUGACGCUCUGACCGACCCCACUAUGCUGAGGACUACGAGUAUCCACUGGCACGGCAUGUUCCAAAGGGGGACUGCCUGGGCUGAUGGUCCUGCUGGCGUCACCCAAUGCCCUAUUUCCCCAGGGCAUUCGUUCUUGUACAAGUUCCAGGCUCUUAACCAAGCCGGUACUUUCUGGUACCACUCCCAUCACGAAUCGCAAUAUUGUGAUGGUUUGCGUGGGGCUAUGGUCGUAUAUGACCCAGUCGACCCACAUCGCAACUUGUAUCACGUCCCUGCUCCCUCUGCAGGUCUCGUCCCCACCCCAGAUUCCACGCUUAUCAACGGUAAGGGCCGGUAUGCUGGUGGCCCUACCGUACCUCUCGCGGUCAUUUCUGUAACCCGAAACCGACGAUACCGGUUCCGCCUUGUUUCCCUUUCAUGCGAUCCUAAUUAUGUAUUCUCUAUCGAUGGGCAUACCAUGACUGUUAUUGAGGUCGACGGAGUUAACGUCCAACCUCUCGUUGUCGACUCGAUCCAGAUCUUCGCAGGUCAGCGCUACUCGUUCGUUCUCAACGCCAACCGCCCCGUCGGCAACUACUGGGUGCGAGCCAACCCCAACAUCGGUACUACGGGCUUCGUCGGUGGAGUCAAUUCUGCGAUUCUGCGCUAUGUGGGCGCCUCCAAUACAGACCCCACUACCACCCAAACUCCUUUCAGCAACCCUCUCCUUGAGACCAAUCUCCACCCCUUGACCAACCCUGCUGCUCCUGGCUUGCCUACCCCAGGUGGCGUCGACGUCGCGAUCAACCUUAACACGGUAUUCGAUUUCAGUAGUCUCACCUUCUCCGUUAACGGAGCCACUUUCCAUCAACCGCCCGUCCCUGUCUUGCUUCAGAUCAUGAGCGGUGCACAGACUGCCCAGCAGCUUCUUCCCUCCGGUUCGGUCUACGUCCUUCCCCGUAACAAGGUCAUCGAGCUUUCUAUGCCUGGAGGCUCCACUGGCAGUCCCCAUCCCUUCCAUCUCCACGGUCACGAAUUUGCUGUGGUGAGAAGCGCGGGGAGUUCGACCUACAACUUCGCGAACCCGGUACGCAGGGAUGUCGUGAGUGCCGGUGUUGCUGGUGACAACGUCACCAUUCGAUUCCGUACCGAUAACCCUGGACCAUGGAUUCUCCAUUGCCAUAUCGACUGGCACCUUGUUUUGGGGUUGGCUGUAGUGUUCGCUGAGGACGCUCCUACUGUUGCAACCAUGGAUCCCCCUCCUGCUUGGGACCAACUUUGCCCGAUCUACGAUGCUCUCCCUCCCAACACAUAA